AUUAUUUAGAAUGACUAAAAAUAUACUUUUUGAGUCUAAUAACAAUUUUGCUCUAAAGUAAAGCGUGGACAAGUCAGAAGGAAGUCCAAGAGAUGGGCCGUUGUAAAAGCCCAAUAGGCAGCCCAAAGGCAGUUUAAAAAGCUUUCUCGACCUAAACCCUUAUCUCUUAUCUCUAUUUUCCACCAAAGGUCCAAUUAGCCUCUCAAGCCCAAAUCUCUCUCUCUCUCUCUUUCUCCCUCCGCCGGACAUCCGCUCGAUUCCUCCGUCGCCACCGCGCCAGAUAUUUCUCAGUUUACGACGUAGCGCUUUCUUCCUCGCAGAAGCAAGAAAAACAAGAAGAUGGAAACAGCACUGGAGGUAUACAAUGACGUUGACAAGAGAUCACCAGAGACACAACCCAUCAAGCGACGCAAGAAGCAGUCAAAGGUCUGGGAACACUUCACUAUCCAGUUUACACAGCCAGGUUGCAGAAGGGCUUUCUGCAUAGGCUGUAACCAGAGCUUUGCUUACAGCAACGGCUCCAAAGUAGCUGGCACGAGCCAUCUCAAGCGUCACAUUGAUAAAGGCACUUGUCCUGCACUUGUUCAUCAUCAUAAUACCCAGGACAACAAUGAGAUGAUGACACCCCACACUGCCAAGAGUGAGACACCCUACACAGAUAAGAGUGAGACACCUAGGAGGAGGCGUUACCGAACCCAUGACACAAGUGCUUGUGUUGUGUUUGAUCAGGACAAGUGUCGCCAUGAGAUUGCCAAGAUGAUCACUAUGCAUGACUACCCUCUUCACAUGGUUGAGCAUCCAGGGUUCGUCUCCUUCGUGCAUACUCUCCAGCCUAACUUCUUUGACGCUCUCAGCUUCAACAAUGUUCAAGGAGACUGUGUGGCGACUUACCUUGCGGAAAAACAGAAUGUCAUCAGGUCUUUAGAAGGGAUCCCAGGACGCUUCUGUCUCACGCUGGACUUCUGGACAUCCAAACUAACUCUUGGUUAUGUGUUUAUAACCUGCCAUUUCAUUGACAAUGAUUGGAAGAUACAAAAGAAGCUUCUCAACGUUUUGAUGGAACCUUGUCCAGAAUCUGAACAAGCUCUGAGUCUUGCUGUUGCUAAUUGUGUUUCUGAAUGGGGUCUGGAGGGCAAGUUGUUUAGCGUUACCUUCAACCAUCCGGCGAGUAAGCCUGCAGCUGAAAAUAUCAGACCUCUACUAUGCAUCAAGAACCCUCGGAUUCUGAAUGGUCAGAUGGUGAUAGGAAACUGCGUUGCGCGAACAUUCAGUGGCCUUGCUAAAGAUGUGCUGGAUAAAGGGAAAGAUGUGAUCAAGAAGGUCCGUGACUGUGUGAAGCACGUGAAAACCUCAGAGUCCCAUGAGGAGAGGUUUGUUGCGCUCAUGGAACAGCUUCAACUUCCAGGCGAGAAGGUACUUUCUCUUGAUGAUCAGACGCAAUGGGACACAACGUAUAAGAUGCUUGUGGCUGCUUCAGAGUUAAAGGAAGUGUUCUCUUGCUUAGACACUGCUGAUCCUGACUUCAAGCAACCUCCUCCUUCGACAGAAGAUUGGAGCCACGUGGAGACACUUUGCACACUCCUGAAGCCUCUUCUCGAAGCGGCCUCUACUCUUCAGACAACUGGAAGUCCCUCUGCUGUUACGUUCUUCCAUGAAGUGUGGAAGACGCACUCAGAUCUGUCUAGGUCCAUAGCCGGAGAUGAUCCUUACGUCGCGGGUAUUGUUAAAACCAUGAAAGAGAAGGCUGACAAGUACUGGAGAGAGUGUAGCUUGGUUUUGGCAAUGGCGGUUGUGAUGGAUCCUCGGUUCAAGAUGAAGCUCGUGGAGUUCAGUUUCUCCAAGAUAUUCGGUGAAGACGCUGGGAAGAACAUCAAUACCGUGGAUGAUGGGAUCCACGAGCUCUUCAGCGAGUACGUGGCACUCUCGGCCCCGGUGAAAGCGGCCUCUGAAGAUGAACUGUCAGAGUUCGACAAAUACAUAAUAAAGGAGAGGGCAGGGAAGAAUCUGAAGUCAGAGAUGGACCAGUACCUUGAGGAAACGCUGUUACCACGGGUUCAGGAGUUUGAUGUUCUCGAGUGGUGGAAACAGAACAAGCUCAAGUUCCCAACAUUGUCGAAGAUGGCUAGAGACAUCCUCGCUAUCCCAGUCUCGGCUGCAGCCUUUGACUAUGUCUUUGACGUGGAACCGAGGGAGAUGGAUGAGUACAAGACGUCACUGAGGCCUGAGACUGUGGAGGCUCUUAUUUGCGCGAGGGAAUGGCUACGUGAGAGUGAUGCUUCUUCUGGAGCAGAUGUGCAAAUGUCAAGUGCUAUUGUCAAAGCUGAAACAUAGGUGCUUCUUUUGUGUGAUAUUGAGUACUAGUUGGAGAGGCGGUGACCCAAAUUUACAACAAACAAGACUCAUUGCAGGUUGAAGAUCAGUGUCAACUAUGUCGAUGAGUUCAUCUGUUUUUCUUGCACCAUUGUUGCAGGCAAUGUCCCUGACAGUUCAUCCUCAUAACUCAACAAAAUUGUACAACCGAUCAUUACCCAGUAUGAAAUCCAGAUGAACCAUUUGUUUCGUAUAAGAGAUGUUUGUUCUACUAUUUUUUUUUUGUCAUCUGUUAAUAUAUAUUGAUCUUUGGAAACGUUCAAGGAACCAAUACAAAUGCUAUCCAAUAACAACUCCGAUAACCAUACUAAACUUUUGACUUCCCUAACAGCCAAGCCACUCAAGCUAGAUUAACAAAAGAAGACUGAUAAACCUGCAACAGUCACAAUACCCCAAACCAAAAAAUCGUCAAACAACCACGCCAGCAAGCUUCACUUCCCGCCAAUUUAAAUAGAGGAGAGACCUUCAUCAAUCUCAAACAGUUCCGAAGCCAUAAUGGCGGACCUGCCGCUACAUAUGAUUGAUGAUAGCCCCCUUUAGUCACACUCUGUGCAAUGAGGAAGGCUCCUCUGUUCAUUGGCCGUUCCUCUUUCACCAGUCUCCACCAUUCCAUUCUUGCAAGCUCGUUAAGAAGCACAGAGGAUUGCCCAUUAAAGCUCGGCCAGGUCUGAGAAUCAUCUUUGUUAAUGUGCAAUCAUCAAUAGCAAAGAUAACUCUAUCAAAAUGAUGCGCCUUGGUACAUUGAAUAGACCAUAGUAGCGCUUCUAGCUUAGCCUAAUGAUGGCUGCCAACUCGAGUAAAAGCUCUCCUGCUAUGCAAAAGGACUUGCCCUGUAUCAAUCCGCAGGACCCACUGUUAAACCAUGUUAUAAAAACUGUGGAAUAUUAAAAAAAUGCUUCAUGUGCUUUGGCUUUUGGUCCUCCAUUGAUUGAUUUUGACUGGACAUUAAUCAUCACUGCCUUCAUCAUGGCUUCCUGCAAUUAUAUUAUUAUAGCCAGCCAGACAUCUGAUAUAGUAAAUUCCUAUUAGUAAUUAAUCAAAUGGUAGAAGUAAAAUAUAGUUGAACCGUCUAGUUCCCUUUCUCUCCCAAGCCAAGGUCGCCGCCGCUUCUCAGUUUCGUCUCUGCUCUGGCGGUUGGCUCUGCCGCAGCCGUCGGGAGCAGCCCCUCCGUUUCAUUUAUGUCUUCGGCGUUGUAUCUCGUUUUCAUGUCUCCUCUGAAAGUUUCGGCUUGGUAUCGUCAGAUCUGAGUGGGAGAUUUUAUUGGAUCCGAUCUCGUCGUCAUUCUCGGUGCUCAAGGGCGUUCUCCUUGGCGUUCAGUGUUGCUGAGGCUCGAUGGUAAGAUCCGGGUUGAAUCUCUGUUUUUCGUAGCCUCAGUGUAGCAGCUAAUGUCUCCGGAUGGUUUCUUUGUUCGGGGUUUAGUCUAGGAUGUGGUCAUGUGGUUUAUCUGAGUUUCUGGUGAGUUGGGUUUCGAUUGGCGUAACUGAUGCAGGCUCGUGUCUUUGAUUUGGUUCGCAGUGGAUGUGCUUGCGGGUUCAGAUAUGUGGUUAUAUGUCAACUCAAAUCUGGUUAGUUGCUUCCCAGUCGUGUUCCCUGAUGUUGCUGUCUCAGUUUGACUUCUUAUCAGUGUCUUUGUCUAUCUCAUAUAAGUUGUUGUCGAGCUCUUGUAUCUUUGGGCUUGAGAGUCUUAAUCGUUUUGUGCCAAGGGAGUAAGUGCUUGGUGAGUGUGACUUAGCAGUCUUUUUUCUAGGGUAAGGUUUCCAGUGGUUGCUUGCAGUUUGGUUCUUCUCUCGUGAGUGGUUCUAGAGAAGUUCGUUUGGCAAGAUUUCAGAUUUGUGGUGUUUGGGUGAGCUUCUUUCUUUGGUUUUCAGAAGUAUAUGUAUCCAAGGUGUGUGGACUGAGCAGCGGUUCCCCUUGUCGAGUUAUGAAGCCUCCGGUGUGUGGUCUUAUCGGUUGGCGUGCGAGGCAGCAACGAUAAGUCUGGUAUGCAGAAGUGGAGAUUACCGGGUGGCAGGCUAUAGGCAGCAGCGGUAAUUCUCGAUCAUUGGUCCUUUCUUAGUUCUAAAACCUGCUAGGUUUUCUAUUUUGGCUCAUGCAUAGAUGAAUUUGUUAUGUGUCUCUAUUGUCUUUUAGAUUUCAUGUGUAUUUUCUCAAGUCAUCCCGGUGUGGGUUUAAGUCGCCCCGGUAUGGGUUCUAGUCGCCGCUUCUUAUGGGCUCUUGGUUCUGGGGCUAUUUGUUUCUGCUGCCAGCAUUUAUAUAAAUAUUGGUAUUUCGAUUAUGAAUGAAGUUCAA